AAUACUUUUCCACCACUUUUUUUAAGUUGGCUAUUUCUUUGGAAGCUUGGAGUUAGUUAUAGCUCCACCAUAAUUAUAUUAUUCUCAUCUCCAUCUUCGGUUCUUUCACUCCAAUGGCAUCAGCAACUUCAAUCUCAUACACACUCAUCGGUUUCCACAAAACUCACAAAGAAUCUAACCCUAAAUCAACAAUAACCCAAUACACAAAAACAAAACCCAUCACUCUAUCCAUGACUUUCCAAGAAGCCAAAAAAACCGUUAUGUCACCAACAGCCACAACCACCGCCGCAACCACAACCACAAGGCAACAAACUUUGGAACAAGAACAAGAAGCAAUGCAACACAUAUAUAGAAAAAAGCCCAAACACCCAAAAGAACACCACAGCAAGCGGAGACUCCGUCACGUGUGGCGUGAGAUCCAAGGCGAGAGCGAUUGGGCCGGGCUUUUGGAUCCAAUUGACCCAAUUCUCCGCUUGGAACUCAUACGCUACGGCGAGAUGGCCCAGGCCUGCUACGACGCCUUUGACUUUGACCCGUUUUCCAAGUACUGCGGGAGUUGUAGGUUCACGCGCCGUAAUUUCUUUUCAUCCCUUGGGAUGCCUCACCCGCGCCAUGGUUACACGGUGACGCGGUAUCUUUACGCCACCGCGAACAUAAAUCUGCCGAAUUUUUUCCGGCAGUCGCGGUGGCCAAAGAUGUGGAGCAAGAAUGCGAAUUGGGCGGGAUACGUGGCGGUUUCGGACGAUGAGAUGAGUAAGAGGAUAGGGCGGAGGGAUGUGGCGGUGGCGUGGCGGGGGACGGUGACGCACUUGGAGUGGGUGGCGGAUCUCAUGGAUUUUCUUAAGCCUUUCUCUUCUAAUAGCAUACCUUGCCUUGAUCCAUCUGUUAAGGUUGAAUCAGGAUUCUUAGACCUCUACAAUGAAAAAGAUGAGAAUUGUGGUUACUGUAAAUACUCAGCAAGAGAACAAAUUCUUACAGAGAUAAAAAGGCUCUUAGAAAUGUACCCUAAUGAGGAACUCAGCAUCACCAUAACUGGUCACAGUUUGGGUGCUGCCUUGGCCAUUCUGAGUGCUUAUGACAUCGUCGAGACCGGCUUGAAUGUCGUGGCCGACAGCCGUGUUGUGCCGGUCUCGGUGUUCUCGUUUUCCGGAACCAUUAGGGUGUAUUGUAGAGUGAGGCCAUUCUUACAAGGACAAUCAAAUGGAGAGUGUACAGUAGAUUAUAUUGGAGAAAAUGGAGACAUGAUGAUUGUGAACCCCCUUAAGCAAGGCAAAGAUUCUAGAAGGGUAUUUUCAUUCAAUAAGGUGUUUGGAACAACCAUAACACAAGAGCAAAUAUAUGGUGACACUCAACCACUAGUGAGGUCUGUUUUAGAUGGUUAUAACGUGUGCAUAUUUGCAUAUGGACAGACUGGCUCAGGAAAGACCUAUACAAUGACUGUACAAGGUAUAGAAUUGGAACAAACUGGUCAAAUCCAGAGUGAACUGGUAUUGAGGGUGCUCAACGUUCAUGAUAUGGUGCCGAAGUCGCCGGGAUUGGUGUUCAACGAGCAUCUGCCGGCGGCGGUGAUGAAGUUGGCGGAGGGGUUGCCAUGGAGUUACUCACAUGUUGGGGUAGAGCUGGCUUUGGAUCAUAAGAACUCGCCAUUCUUGAACCCAAAUGGUGAUGCUAUUUGUGCACAUAACUUGGAGGCUCUCUUGCAUUUGAUUGAUGGGUACCAUGGAAAGGGUGAAAGAUUUGUGCUAGCAACUGGUAGGGACCCUGCUUUGGUGAACAAGGCAUGUGAUUUCUUGAAAGACCAUUACUUGGUUCCACCAAAUUGGAGGCAAAAUGAGAAUAAAGGCAUGGUCUUGAGCCAUGAUGGUAGAUGGGUUCAGCCUGAAAGACCCAAACUUGAUGAUCACCCUGAAGAUAUGCAUCACCACCUCAAGCAAUUAGGUCUAGCUACUUCAUAUGAUAUUUGAAUUAAACUAAAUUAAAUUAAGUUAAAUAUAUGUACAUGUCACGUGUUAUGUAUGUAUGUUUAGUUAAUGAACACAUUGAGUAGCCUAUUAGAUGGGUCCUAAGUAAAUAAUGUGCAUAUAUAUAAAAUUUGAAGAUGCGAUGAAAUUCAAGGACACAUGUGAUUGAUUAAUUUUACUGAUUAGUUGUCCUUGUGAAUUAUAU